AUGACGGAAGAAGAACUUUUACCUCAUAGGAGGAGGGCUACUACUAAACGAGUUAAUUAUAGUGAGAAAGACGCAGAUGCAGAAUUGCUUAAGAGGUUGAAAUAUCAUGAAAGUGAUGGCAAGAAACCUAGAGAUCAUUCGAACAAGGGUAAUGGUGCAAAUAAAGAUUCUGCUACGACUUUAAAAUCAAGGAACAAGUAUAAGAAUGGUAAUAGCAGUGGUAGUGGUAGUAAUGGUAACAGCAGCAGACAGAAUCAGGAUAAGAAGAAAUAUCAAAAAUUUUUAAAUGAAAAGAAUAAUUGGAAUUUCAUACCGACGUUGCCAACUGUCUCUAGGAAAACAAGUAGAUUUUCACAUAUUUUAGAUUUUGAUGAUGCAUUAGUAGAUAUUAAACACCAUGUUGUUUAUAAUGACGAAUCGACACUCUUAAAACAAAAUGAAACUAUAUACAUGGUUUCUGAACCACCGGGUGAACCUUAUUAUGUCGGAAGAGUAAUGGAAUUUGUUUGUAAACCAGAAUUUAGGAAAAAAAUUGAACUAGCAUCUGAAAAUAUUACAAUUUUCCCAGCAAAAUAUUUUCAAGUAAGGAUGAAUUGGUUUUAUAGAUCAAGAGAUAUCCAAGAAAGUUCUAACAAUAGCGACCCUAGGUUAUUAUAUGCAUCUUUACAGAAUGACCUGUGUCCAUUGUAUUCUUUUAGAGGUAGAUGUACCGUCUUACAUAUUUCUGAUAUGCCUGAUAUAGAAACAGAAAGAGAUGAAUUAUUAACAAAACCAAAUAUUUUUUACUUCGAGCAGUUGUUCGAUAGGUAUACUUUAAAAUAUUACAACACUUGGGACAUAGAAAAAUUAUCGAAGAAAUACAAGAAUUCAUCAUAUUUGAAAAUGUUAACACGAAUUUAUAGAUAUGUUUACACUGAAGAAAAAUUCCCAUUUGAACAAGUGUUAGAAAGAUAUGUUGUCGAUACAAAAACAGAAUCUAAAUCAUUAGAUUACUCUUGGGAUGACACAUGUUUUCAAUGUCACGAAUGGUGCUCGCCGUCACAGAGUAUUAAAUGUGAUGACUGUGGUAUAUCAAUACACUUAUUUUGCAUGGACCCUCCUAGGGAUAGAAAACCUAACAAAGGGAUUAUUUGGAUUUGCCAAAGUUGUAUCAGUAUACAGGAUAAUCUUAAAGAUGCGAUUAAAGAAAAAGAAGAGCAAACACAAGAAAAUUUAAAAAAUAUUAACAUUGCCAAAGAAAAGCUAUCCGCAAAAUCCAAUCUGAUUAUGGCAAAAGAUAAAAAUACCUUUCCACAUAAUUCAUGGUUUCAGUAUUUAGGUGAGCAUAUGGUAACGCAUUGGGAGGAUAAUCUAUAUAGGGAAAUUAACCUACCAUGCCCGUUCAAGUGUUCUAGAACUGGUCCAAAAUACCAGUGGUCUCAAUGUCUCGACGUUUCACCAUGGAAACCUGAACCAUAUUCAAAUGAUACGGCUGCUAACCAACGAGGUCUCGAUGAUAAAGAAAAUGUAUUAUGGAAAUUGGAUAAAGCAAAAAUCACAGAGAAAGAACUGGAUACUUAUGUUAGUCAAUGUAAGAGAUUUUUCCCUCCAAGACUUAAAAUGCAGCCUGAAAGUGUCAACUUUCUAGAUAUGAUAAUGGAAAUUUUAAUGAAUAAUGACUAUAACAUAAAUAAAUCAUUGGGUGAUUGUGAGAACCUUUUAACAAGAGAAUCACUGAGGGAACCUACAUUUUCGGCGGCAGAAAUUAAAAAAUUUGAGGCAGCUGUCAAGGAACAUGGAAGUGAAUUGCAUCCAGUUUGUAAAGAAGUGGGCUCACAACCUAUGUCAAUGAUCGUGAGAUUCUACUACUAUUGGAAAAAGACCUCAAAUGGAAGGAAAAUUUGGGGUAAUUUUAAAGGUAGAUCUAAAAAUAAGAAUAAAAAUAAAAAUAAAAAUAACGAGAAGAAUAAAGAUACUGAUGGUGAAGGUAGCUCCAUAAACGGAGAUAAAUAUAAGCAAACGAGAAUUAGAAAGCCUAGUAGAAUAGUGUUGGAAAACCAGAAGAGUAAUCCAGAAAUUGAAUUAAAAUACAUCGACGACUCUUCUUUUGAAACAGAGAAUUUGAGUUCUUUGAAAAGUUGCUUCAAGUGCCUAUAUUGUAGUAUUGAUUAUUCUCCAAUGUGGUAUAGGGUAACAGGUGGUUCUGAGGAUGACAAUAUAAAUACAAGAAUGAAAACCGGUGUUAAUGAAAAAACAGAAUCAUCGACUAAAGGUGUUCACACAACACAUACUUUGUCAGAAACAAAUGAUAGACUAGAAGCUUUGUGCAUUCGUUGUGCCCGUCUAUGGAGAAGAUAUGCAAUAAGAUGGGACAACCCAAUUAAUGUUCUAAAGAGGAUUCAUGGUUCAAGUAAUAAUAAUGUUCAAAAAUUCCUAGAUGAAAUAUUUGAUGAGGAAACAGUAGGAACAUUUACUACAACGCCAGUGUUAAGCAGAGAGAAGAAUAUAGAGUGGGAAUUAAUACAAGAUUCGGAAUUAAUUGUGAAACAGAGGUCUGAGGUAAUACAAAAUUCUGAUCGUUUAGCAAGAUUAAAAAAGAAUGCAUUAAACUCACAUUCACAACUUUAUAAGGCAGCAAGAAAAGAAUGCGAUAAAAAUGCCUUUAAAUUUGAUAUUAUGGAUAGUGAAUUGAAUGUAUAUAUCGACAAGCUGGUAAAACCAAAACAGGUACAAAAGGCUGCAAUUACUUCAAAAAUCAGUGUUGCUAAGAAGAGAAAACUAGAGAACGAUGAGUUACAGGAACGAAAAGACCAGAAGUUACUGAAAAGCAGUCGUGAAAACACUCCAAGGUGCGAUCCAGAUAAGUUAAAGUAUAUUAAAGAACUGGAUGCUCGUUACGAAAAGAGAAUAUGUAAUAAUGGAUCACUAGAAAUAAGACUAUCUCCAGACGGAAAGUCAAGCAAUUAUUUUACAAUGGAUACAGAAAAUAAUACUAUUCAAUGUGGAGAUGAAUUACUGAAAAACCUUCUAUCAUUCGUGUCCAGACAUGUCCAGAAGCAAGUGAUUUCAAAAGAAAAUAUCAAGGUUCUAAAACAAGAAAAAGGGAUUAUAGUGGAAAAACUUGAAAGUAACAGUAUCAUUAGAAAGACUAUAGAUAAUAAUAGAAUCCCAAUUGUUUCAAGUGACAAUGAUAGUUCAAAAUUACUUCGUGCGUACCAUAAAGAUAAUUUUAGUCUACCUAAGAAACACUAUAAUAUUCAUAUAGAAUCAUUAAAAGUAGAAAAUUUAUGUUCUUCUGAUAAAGAUUCCAUAACUUCACAAACUACUAGUAAUAAAACAAUCAAUUCUGGAUGCAAUGUUUGUAGCACACAAGAUACAACAAUGUCAAAUAGUCUCAUUAGAUGUAGUAAUUGUACUUUACAAGUACAUGCUAGCUGUUACGGUAUCGAAGUUCCAAUAGAAGUACGUUCAAGCCAGCCUUUACUUAAUUUCCGUUGGUUAUGUGACCCAUGUUCAAAUGAAUUAAAUCCUAUUGCUACAACUAAUUACAAUUGUGUAGUAUGCAAUGGUUGUGAGGGAACUACUGACUUUCAAAAACCACAGGAGUGUGGAACAAAGAAUGCUCUAAAAAUCACGAGUCAUGGUACAUGGUGUCAUAUUAUAUGUGCGUUAUUCAAUGAUGAAGUUAAAUUUGGUAAUCCAAAAUCAUUGCAACCUAUUCAGAAUGUUUCCUUAGUUUCCAAGACUAUAAGACGGCCAUGUAGCCUUUGUCUAAAGCCAGUAGGUCAUCUUACUGCUUGUGAGCUCUGUGACAACAUCUUCCAUAUUAGCUGUGCACAAAAUGAAAAGGAGUUUUCGUUAUUCUUCAAGAAGAGAAUACCAACCGAGUAUGAAGUUAAGACUAACCGAUUUAUUACUGAUAAAGUAACAAAUGAAAAUUAUUCACUAAAGCCUACAGUUAUUUGUAACGCUCAUAAAGAUACAUUACUACCAAGUUGUUAUUUACCACUGACUGGUACAACCAAUUUUGGCUCAAAAACUAUUCUGAACUUAUACAUAUCUUGUUAUAAAACGAGUGAUUACCGCAGUUUUAUUUAUUCAAGAUAUAUGGAGCAGAAAAGGUAUCUAAGCGGAAAUACGCCAGAAAUAGAAUAUGAUAAUGAUGAAAGUAUCAAUAUGAAGACUCAAUAUUUAGAAGAAGAAGCAGAGGCACAAGUUGUUAAUAGAACAAAAUGCAGGGUAUGCUCAAGCACCAGAAGUGUUAUCUGGUAUGAUAAUAACCUCUGUCAUCCAUGUCAUUUAAGAGGAUCAUCUAAGAAAUCUAAAAUGCAGUUUUCGAAUAAAUUUUCAGAUAUUAAUAAACCUAAUUUAACAUUUGGAGGAGGCGUGUCAUCUGAAUUCAAAGCUCUAUUGCUUGAAGGGAUCGAAGUUCCUUCUGUAAAAGAUUCAAAUUUAUCUAAAGCUAUCCUUGGGAAAGUCAUUAAAAAUCAAAAUAUUAUUAAGAAGGAAGAGCAUUGCUGA